AUGUCUAAAUAAAAUACUCCAUAAAAACUAAAUGGAUAAUCUCCUUGUAAAAAGAUGAAACUGAAUGACUCUGACGCUUUAGUCUAAUUAAAACAAUACACCACAGUAGUUGCUGAUACAGGAGACUUUAAAGAAAUAGCUUAAUACAGCCCUGAAGAUGCCACAACAAACCCUUCUUUAAUUCUCUAAGCUGCAAACAAGCCUGAAUACGAGAAAUUAAUAGACGACGCCAUAAACUGGAGUAAAUAAAACUAUAAUAGAUUUUUUGCUCCCGCCUAAGCUCGUAGUUCUAUAAGAAAAGGAAAAAAAAAAGAAGAAACGAAAGGAAACGAAUAAGCCGAAGAAUUUGAUUUCGGAAAACUUUCAGUUGAAAAACAAGGCUAGUUUUUAUCUUUUGUCGCUGAUGUUGUUUGUGUUAAUUUUGGAAAGGAAAUUCUUAAAUUAGUUCCUGGAGUUGUUUCUACAGAAGUUGAUGCAAGGCUUUCUUUUGACAAACAAGGAAAUAUUAAUAGGGCUAAAAAUAUCAUUAAAUUGUAUGAAGAAUUCGGAAUUUCAAAAGAUAGGAUUUUAAUUAAAAUUGCCUCCACUUGGGAAGGUAUUAAAGCUGCAGAAGCCUUAAGAAAAGAUAAAAUUAAAUGCAAUUUGACUUUACUUUUUUCUUUUGCUUAAGCUGUCGCUUGUGCUGAAGCUUAAGUCGCUUUGAUAUCUCCUUUUGUUGGAAGAAUCUUAGAUUGGCAUAGAAGUAAAAAUCCUGACUAAAACUUUAGUGAUGAAAGAGAUCCGGGAGUUAUUAGUGUAUAGAAAAUAUACAAUUACUACAAAAAAUUUGAUUAUAAGACUAUUGUUAUGGUAAAAAUUUAUGUUUUUUGUUUUUUUUUAAAUAACAAAAAAGGGGGCUUCUUUUAGAAACACUAGUGA